AACUUAGCGUCAUUUCCUGCAUCGUUUCUGCGCUAGAUCCUGCGGUCUUUCCGGUCCUCAGCCGACAUCCAUCAAGGAGAAGAAAUGGGAGAAGUACUGGGGAGCAGAUAGGACAGCAGAAAGCGAGGCAGACCCUGAGCACACAGAGGUCUGAGUGGAGGCUGAACAUGGUCUGAUGGACCGCCUGUUUUUGCUGACCUUCGUCUUCUGUUCAGUCUCGUGGGUUUUCUUCUGGGAGGUGCGCUGGAAGAAAGGGAAGGAAAGUCAGAUUGAAGAAUGGCUCCAGGGGCACGGCCUGUCCGAAUACAAGUAUUUGUUUGAAGAUGUUCAGACCCUGGAGGAGCUGAGUUUAUGCGUGCUGUCCCGACUGGAGGAAGUGGUAAAGGAAAAGCGUCACUGGAGGGAGAUCAUCGAAGCCCACGUGCAGCUGCUCAGAGACUUUGCCUUUCAGGAGUGGCUUUGUUCUCAGAGCCUGGAGCAUUACUAUCACACUUUGAAGACUUUGGGAUGCACUAAUUUGGAUGAUCUAGCCCAGUUUGACAGCCAACUUCAGCUCUCUCUGGCAGCGUGGGGCUAUUACUACGAGGAUUACAUCAAACUGUCCACAGGCGUUAGGGUUCUCCAGGCUUCAAAGGGAAGCAGAGAUCAAGAUUACGAGGUCCAGCUGGUGCACAGCCUUGCUGAGAGGAGGCUGAAUGAGAAGUGGUCUUUCGCAGGAGCUCUGAUCUUUGGCUGUACCAUUGCCCUGUGCUUUCUGAUAAGGGACCUCAUGUUUUACGUGAUUGGUGGAAUAACUGUUUCCAUCAUCGCAUUCGUCUUUACCAUCAAGUUUCUGUGCGAGCUUGCUGCUCGUGUGGUCAGCUUCUUACAGAAUGAUGACCCUGCCCGACAUGGAGACCGCAGUAUUUACGACUAUGUGCGGGGUAAUUAUUUGGACCCACGCUCCUGCAAAGUCUCCUGGGACUGGAAAGAGCCACAGGAAGUGGGUCAAACCAUGAGUUUCCGAGUGCAGCUUUUCUACAAAAAUGGCCAGCCGUUUCCUGCACACAGACCUGUGGGACUGAGGGUGAACAUCACUCACAUAGAGCUGGCCUUAGAAGUCCCUGUUACCCAGGAGGUCCUUCAAGAGCCUGAGUCUAAUGUCGUCAAAGUGGCCUUCACUGUGCGGAAGGCUGGACGCUAUGAGGUAGCUGUCAAACUCGGAGGACUGAAUGUGGCCUACAGUCCUUACUACAAGAUAUUUCAACCAGGUACAGUGGUCCCAUCCAAAACAAAGAUAGCCUACCACUUUUCAACACUGGUGCUGACUUACGGCCAGCAGCACACGCUGCAGAUCGAGCCUCGGGAUGAGUACGGCAACCCCACCAGCAACUCCGUCUCACUCGUAGAUGAGGUCAACUACAGCGUGCAUGUCCAUCCAUUGGGCACAGUGGAGGAGGAGAGCUCAGAGGACUUCUACAGCACGUCAGUGUCCGCAAACAAGCCUCAAUGUCAAGUUUUGAUGAGGCUUACUUUCAAGAAGAAAGGCUGCUUUAGAGCCUGCAUCUCGUACAGGGACCAGCCCCUCAGAAACGGGGAGUUUGACAUCAUUGUACUCAGCGAAAAUGAGAAGAACUGUGUGGAGAAAAACGUGUCUACCCCAGGCAUAAGCAUCUACUUUGAGGCCUACCUCUACAACAUGGGCACUUACAGUAGUUGUCCUUGGCAGAUUUUAGCAUCUUCUCAACUAGCCCUGCAGAGACGGCCCUCCAUGGGUGAAGAGGAGGAGGAGCAUGACUCCCCUGUAGAGGGCCAGUCAGAGAAAAUCAGGAAACCAAAAAAGGUCUAUUGCUACAUCUCACCAAAGCAAUUUUCUGUGAAGGAGUUUUACCUGAAAAUUAUUCCUUGGCGCCUGUUCACUUUUCGUGUGUGUCCCGGAACCAAGUUUACGUACCAUGGACCAGACCCUGUUCAUAAAUACUUAACCCUGGUGGUAGAUGAUGGGAUCCAGCCUCCAGUAGAGCUCAGCUGUAAAGACCGCAACAUAAUGGCUGCCACCUUUAUCCGCUUUCUCCACAAGAACAUUGGAGGAUCAGAGACUUUUCAGGAUAAAGUGAACUUUUUUCAAAGGGAGCUAAGGCACAUCCACUCCAAGAGACCUCGCACUAAAACUAGCCUGAAAAUCAGUCGGCACUCUCUGCUGGAGUCGUCUCUGAAAGCCACACGGAACUUUUCUGUGUCUGACUGGAGCAAGAACUUUGAAGUUGUGUUCCAGGAUGAGGAAGCUCUCGACUGGGGAGGGCCAAGGCGUGAGUGGUUUGAGCUCGUCUGUAAAGCUCUGUUUGAUACCAAUAACCAGCUUUUCACACGCUUUAGUGACAACAAUCAAGGCCUGGUCCAUCCAAACGCUGAACGCCCCCCUCACCUGAGAGUGAAAAUGUAUGAGUUUGCAGGCCGGGUUGUGGGGAAAUGUUUAUAUGAAUCCGCUUUGGGCGGGUCCUACAAGCAGUUGGUACGAGCCCGAUUCACCCGCUCCUUCUUGGCUCAGAUAAUUGGAUUGCGAAUGAACUAUAAGUACUUUGAAACUGAUGACGAGGAAUUUUACAAAACCAAGGUCUGCUUCAUUCUCAACAAUGAUGUCAGCGAGAUGGACCUGCUGUUUGCAGAGGAAAAAUACAGCAAGUCUGGACACCUGGAAAAGGUGGUGGAACUGAUACCUGGUGGUGCUCAAAUUGCUGUGACCAAUGAGAAUAAAAAUCACUAUUUAAACUUGUUGGCCCAGUACAGACUAGCCAGUCAAGUGAGAGAGGAAGUCGAGCACUUCCUUAAAGGUUUGAACGAACUGGUCCCUGAAAACCUUCUGGCCAUAUUUGAUGAGAAUGAACUGGAGUUGUUGAUGUGUGGCACAGGAGAUAUAAAUGUCCAGGACUUUAAAGCUCAUGCAGUAAUUGUUGGAGGGUCAUGGCAUUUCAGAGAAAAGGUGAUGAAGUGGUUCUGGGCGGUGGUAUCAUCCUUCACACAGGAAGAAUUGGCGCGAUUGCUGCAGUUCACCACCGGCUCCUCACAGCUUCCACCUGGUGGCUUCAACACGCUCUGCCCUUCCUUCCAAAUCAUAGCAGCUCCCACACACAGCACGCUGCCCACCGCACACACCUGUUUUAACCAGCUGUGCCUCCCAACAUAUGACUCCUACGAGGAGCUCCACAAGCUGCUGAAGCUGGCCAUCAGUGAGGGGAGCGAGGGCUUUGGGAUGCUAUAAACAUCAGUUCCGCUCAGGCAGAAACAGAUUUGUCUCCAAACCUGCUUUUCCUUUCUUUUUUUUAAAUGAACAUCUCACCCCAGUGUACUUUACAAUGUACUGUAAAGGAAGGACUUUGAUCACAAGAUGCCUCUGGGAGGAUUCAGGCGUUCUGUACAUAUGUAUUUAAGGACUGUUCUACAACAUGGAAAUAAGAGUUGAGAAUUUUUGUUGUUGUUCAGAUAGUUGCCUUUCUUUCUAUAUCUGAGCGUAGACCUAAUGGCCUAACCAAGUGUCAGAAUGCUUACUUUGCAUUUGGCGUUAGUAGAAUUAUUAUUAUUUUUUUUUUUAAAGGAAUAUUGUAGACUGUAGGAUGUUGGAAUUGACUGUGUGUCCUCUGCACUUGGGCCUUAACUGAUCAGGGAAGGUUGUGUAUAUAACUGCUGUUUUAUUGUUUGAUUUAUUUAUACAGUGUAUAUUUCUCUUGCUACUCUUCAUUUGAUAUUUGUGACUUUGUUUUUUUUUUUUUCAUCGUUGGAAGAUUUGAGAUUUCUUUAAUAGAGAUUUUCACACAUCUUUACUUUUUCUUACCCAGAGAUGUUCAGAAGUCUUCGUUUUAACUGGCAUUCCAGCAACAGAUAAAUAAGUUUUGCUCUUA